GCGCUAACUCCGCCCCGGUCUCGGAUCCUCUCACAAUCCUUCUUCACAGCCUCUCACGUUGAGGAUAGAGAGAGAAAGGGGAGAAACAAGAAGAAGGGCACACGAGGAAGAAGAAGAAGAAGAAGAAAAGCAAGGGGAGUAGCAAAACGACCAUGGCAGUAUCCGAACCUUCUCAGCUUGAGAUAGUGUCCGAUCCCAGCACACCUCCUCCUCCACCACCACCGUCGAGCCCUGCACCGUGGAGCAUGCAGCCGCACAGUAAACAGAGUCCAGAUGAAUGAGGAGCUGCCUACCUGGGCCGUGGACAAAAUGAGGGUCAUCUUCAUCCAAAACGCCGGUUUCGUCGCAGCUUUCUCGCCUUUUAGAUGUGAGUCGGUGAUGUUAGCAGCGUUUAGGACGACAGAUAGUGUGAGUGAGCCAGUAUUAUUCACAGAUAGAUCACGCCAGGCAAUGGAGGUGUGAGGAGAUAUACAUUUAUCGAGUUGCCUGAUUUUUUUUCUGUUAUUGGGAUAAAACUUGCACGUUUAUUAUAGCCAAUAUAUCAUCUUUAAAUCAAUCAAUAGUGUAUUCAGCUUUUGGCUUGCAGCCUGCUGUCGAGCUCUGAAUAUAUAUUUCAUUACAAAAUUGGAUUAGCCCAUUAUGUCGUUAUCCAGUGAUAUAAGAUUAUGUAUCAAUUAAUUAUAGAUUGGUAAUGCCAUUUAAGCUUUUUAGUGCUUUUUCCACAGUGGGUUUGAUUAUUUAGACUAUGAUAAAACCAUGAUUAGGUAGAAGUAGUAAUCUCAGUUCACUGUGAUCAAAGCCAUUUGAUCAACAAGACAAUCUGGAAAUGUUUGUUUCCACAUGAGACAAUAUGAUAAGCAGGCUAUAGGUUAUUCAUUGUAAUUUAUUUAUUUAUUAAUACUAUUAUUAGACCUAUAAGUAUUAUAUUAUCGAUUUCCUUAAGGUAGCUAGUUUGACGUAUUUAACAGUGGGAAGGUUAAUACACUUCCCCUAGUGAGAUGGAAACUGCUUAUUUAUCGCCCCACCGGGGGGCAUCGCGUCCCGGGGCCCAGAGAGGUCAAACUUCCCCGGGUAAACCUGCUGCUGGGGGAGAUCUCUCCCCUCCACCUCAGGCUCCAGCUCCACCUCUACCUGCCGGCAGCUCACCUGAAGGGACCCCGGCAAGCAGCGAUGGACGGAGAAACUCGGGCGUGAAGAAACACCACCAUAAACAUAACCUGAAACACCGCUAUGAGCUGCUUGAGACCCUGGGAAGAGGCACGUAUGGCAAAGUGAAGAAGGCCAUCGAGAGGCACUCCGGCAGAGAGGUGAGCCCAUUAAGAGACCAUUGCAAAACAUGCUUUGUGUAGGUUCAGACUCUCACCAUGCAUUUAUGCUUUUGUGUUAUCCUUAACACCCCAAAUAAUUGCUUUGUGGCUGAGUGUGUACGUCCUCCCCCCUUGGGAUUUCCCCAAGUGCUCCAAAAGACCUAUAGGGGACAGGCAAUUGUCGCUGCACACACCUCCUCUUAUGAAGGGCCUCAGGGUUGGAUGUUAAAGUGCAAAUCCACCUAUUGACUGUAUGACUUCCAGUUGAGUAUCAAGGAAAACACCCAAUUGUCCCUUAAAGAAACUGCAGGGAUCCUGUGUUAGUUUUGCUUUUGCUUGGGUUUGCCUUGUGUUGAUGUGUGUCUAACAGGUCAGUCCACUACUGUAUCUAUCUCUCUAUCUAUCUACAGACACAAACACACAUGUAUAUAUAUAAACUGUCUUUGCCAUCAUGACCCAUUCUCUGCUGUUGUGUCCCAGCUAGUCAGACGUGCCUCCAAAUGUUUUCACAUGUGGCAAAACUUGACCCCUGUGAGUCCACUCUGGCAGGACAUGAGGAUCUUUCCAUGUACCAAGAAUGCAAGGGAGGGAUUUUGUAUAGGUCAACAAUGCCCCCCCCUAACGGUUUCAUAGCUCCUGGCAAAUGCAUGCUUGAUAGGGGGACCAUAAACCCUCCGGUAGGGGCUUACUCUCUCUUGGCCUGUCCCACUUGGCUCCUUGUAGCCUACUCACCAGAGUGUGUUUUCCUAUUUAUUAUCACCAUGGCUUCAGCGCUAAUGUGAGGUAUUUUGCUUUCACUUGUGUUGUAAUGUUGCACAACAGACAUUGACUGCAAGGUCAGAGUAUCUCAUUUCGACAUAGGUCACUUUGACAUGCUGUUCCCCUCAAGCUGGUCUAAUUUGUUGACUUCAGAUUAUCUAUUCAAUACUUUUUCAAAUGAAUGGCAAAACUUGAUUCAAGAUCUACAUUUCUUUGUGAUUUAGUGUGUCUAAAGCUCGACAUUUGGUAUAUCUUACUGGUUCAGAUGACUAAGAUUCCCAUGUCUUCGUCGAAAAAGCAAAAUAUAGACUGAAAAUAGAUUUUAGGUCAAAUCUUGGUGGCCUCGUGCCUUUCAUUCUCCUGUAAUCUGCUGCUUUAUCCUCAAAAUAGCACUUCUACCUAAAAUAGCAUACCAGUAAAUGGGACUUCCUUGCACCACUGUGUUUUAUGUGGGAGUUUGUAUAUCUAAGGAAAGUCCUUUGAGAAUCCACUCCUCUGCACACAGAGCACCAGCAGAAAGCAGCCAGAGCAUGACUCCGGGCCACCUCACAGGCCACAUGUGUCUGGCACUCUAUCGCUAGAGUUUACAUGACCUCUGACCUGAAGCCUGUCCCUUACGUCUGAAUGGCCGAUGCAGCAGCACCGGGAGACGGUUAUGCAAUCACUUAGUGUCCAUGUACCAUUUUUUCCUGGUUUGCUCCACAAAUGAGAAGAACAGAGAGGGCUAAGUGAGGGGACAGACUGAGGAAGUUUUGUGAAUGCGUGCACAUGUGCGGAGUAAACUGAAGGCACUCGAGGAAGAUUGAUUAGAUGUGGGCACAUUCAGUGUAUCAGCGAAAGUGGAACUGAGUGACUGCCUAGUCUAAUCUGCAAAGCUAUACAUUGUGGCAUUUGGCAGCUCAGUGGAACAUUAUACAGAGGGCAAUAGAUCACGGAGAUCACAGAGGGGAAAUGUGACACAUGCACAGGCUUGAGUGUUUGUGGAAGAUGUGUUUCAUGUUUGCAUACUGGUGAGAAAGAUAGAGAGGGGCUGUCUUUAUGUAGUCUGUGCCAUCAAGAUGAUUAGAGUGAAAAGGUUGUGGUGACAGCAGGGCCUAAAAUGGGCAGUGACACAUGAAAGACCAUCCACAGCAGGAAAUGAGAUUGGUGGGGAAGGUUAAUAUCCUGUGUGGGGGAUCCAUCUUAGACAGGGAGGGGUGGGUGUUAGGCAUAGAUACACACAGGGGAAGCCCACCACCUUAACAAGAGAGGGGCAGCCUUAGUUAAAGGGGUUAGGGAGUCAUAUUAAUAUGAGCUUAAAGCACCAGAUUACAUCAUUCCCCAACAAUGGAUCCACUGGAGGGGUUCGUAAGAGGGGGAAAACAUUGACAUUCCUCUGCUGUAUGUGCUGAUGUUGAUGAGGUAUUACAAUCCCUGGAUGUGUUUGGAAAUAUAGUUCUCUGGAAAAGUGACCGUCCUCUCCCACCCACUCACUCCCCACUCUCUCUAUCCUUCUCCUCUUAUCUCUGAGUCAGACACACACAGUCAACAACACAAGCGACGAUCAUGAUCUGCAGAAAAAGCCAGAGAUGAGCGAGCUUGCGAUGAAUACUUCAUCUAUUUUAAUGGCCUGAGAAAGCGCAGGAAGAUGUCAGGCUCCAGUAGAGCGAAACAUGGACUUUCACUUCAAAUGGGCUAUGUGACGAACAAGGCUGGUUUGAUGGGGCAACCAGACAAGGCUGGGCCCCAAUACCUGGCAGGGGCCGGUGUGGGCAGCAGAGCAGGGCCUGUUUACUGUGAGUGACAGUAAUAGGGAUCCACUUAAGGACAAGCGAAGCUGUGUCAGCCAGCCGGGCCAGCUGGCAAGUGGCUGAUCUGCGGUCCUGUUUAAUGAUCCACAUCAGGGUCAGUGCGGGGGAACAUGAGGAGAUACGUACAAGAUACCUGACUGUUUUUCAAGCCUGAUGUGGGAGAGCAAGCUGGUUAGCAUACAGUGUGGAUCAAGAUCAUAGCUAUUCAAGAUUGAUGACUGUCUUCUAAGAAAAAAACAAUUUUGGUUUGCGGGAACAGCUCCACAGAGAAAGUUUACUUGCUUUUUUGUUUGAAUUUUGUAGGCUUUUUCUUGGUUUUACCAAACUAAUGAAUUCCUGGAUUACUUCCUCCAUUAAAUCCAAGAACGUGACUCACAUUCUGGCUCGCUGGUAAACACAGAAGUAAAAGAAAAUACCUCACAGAUUUUUGGGAUCAGUGGUAAAAUGUUAAUGAAUCUGAUGAGGUAGAGGAAAACAUCAGCGUUAAGACACAAACAACUUUUAACCAAUUAAGAAGCCAGCAUGUGCACCCCCUUGGACCUCAUCUUGUUUAUUAUGGUGUCAUUUCUUUCAAUUCUAUGUAAUCAAGGCAUGCGCUGGAAGGCGAACGAUUCCGGUUUAGGGUUAUUUUUAUUGAUGUACACGGUAAUUAGUCUGGCACUUGCUACUGCUUGCGGUUUCUCCUGCAUGGAAUAAAGCUGAGCUCCUCAGAAUACCACUGCUAAGCUAAGAGAGGACAAAAGUUUAAACUAACAGGAUCCAGAGCGAACAGACUCUAUACAGCCCUGAUCAAAGCAAACCCAGGACUCGGUCCAGAAUGUUUAGGCUACAAUUAUAGCGACAUGUGCUAGUCUGUGCACUCUCCAUUGGUUUAUUUGGAUAAGGAUGCUAACCUCUCUUUUAAAGAGAACAAAGCUAGAGUUUUGAAUGCAUCCAGUUGCAGUGGUAGAGAGAAAAAAAUGAAGUGAAGAUGUGGACUCACUGCAGAGCCUCCUGUAUCCGGCACGUCAGCAAGACAAGGGAACUGAAUCACAUCCUCCUUUUUUUUUCCUUUUUCCUCCAUAAAACUCCCAGCAGGCCAGCUAUUCUAAACAUUGCCCAUCAGGUAUUCUAAAUAGGCAUGACCAAAAUAAAAGAGCGGGUGGUGAUUUAGUAUCAUCUCAAGACCCGCUGACAGGAAAGGAAACACGGCUGUGAAAGUUAAUACCGACGUCUGAUUUACGCAGAGGCACUCUGACCUCUGUGCCUCCUCAACUUCCUCAAGAAAGCAUGAAAAUUUAACAACUUGCUCACCUUAUUUUAUGAGACUUGUGGUCCUCUUUGGCUCUUAGGAUGGACAUUCAUCAUCUUGGCCCAUUAUACAGUUGUUCCACUGUAAUAUCUUGACUACUUGAUAGGGGCCAUUUAAUCUCGAUCAGGCAUUCAUUGAAUCCAGAGGAUGAACCCUGGUAUCCAAAGCAUUCAUUGUCCUCACUGGGUGAACUGCUACAUGUUGUAACAGUUUUCAAAAAAUAGUGAAAUUCCCACCAACUUUAGUUGAACUCUGUGCUAAACAGUAAACAUACCAUGCCAAAGGUUUUCAUUGUUAUAAAAACUUCUAUAAAUCCGACUUCUUUUGGUCAGAACAGCUCUCUUCUCUGGGACUCCAACAAACUCAAAACAAGCACUUCAAGCUAGCAUGAUUGUUGAGUUUUAGCCAGGUCGAGAUGCAAUGAAAACUGCAUAGCAUGACGUAAGAUUACUGUCUGUAAAAAUGGGUUCAGUACUCAGAUGCGUGUCCUGUCCUGAAGUCUGACUGACACCUGGUUUGAUUUCAGCGUCCUAACACACGCUUCCAAUAAGAUGGUAACUUGAUACAUACACUCAACCUGGCAUUGUCCUCCACCACUGUGCAACAGUAUGGCUGCAGAACCUUGUGUAGAAACAACUCCUGCAUUCAAAUGGAUUGUUGCCUUGGAAACACCAUGUUUCACCUUGUAAGCCUGACACCUGAAUCCUGCUUGUUCACAAAAGUUUAGGGCUCAGAUUAGACGCAUGGCCAACAUCUGCAUCCAAAGAAACAGUUGCCAUGGAAACUGUAUGUGAGAAUCUGCCAUCAGAACAUUGUCCGUAAAGUUUGGGCUUCGAUCAGAGACCCAGCCUUUCCACUGACUGAUGCUUGGUUGCAUUUAGUUCAUGUUCUGAAAGCACUCAACAGCCGCCCCCCUUAAGGCUCCAUGAGUGGAAUUGCAUUUGUAAGAAGACACACUAUACAUUGCUUCAUAGGCAGAGUAAAUUACACAGUGUGAGACUAGGAUGACACCUUAUCCAUGUUUGACAUCAAGCUGUUAUGUUGGCAAAGCAUGGGGAUGAGGUCAAAGUCAAACGAGGUGUUGAUGAAGUAGAGUUUAUUCAGUAGGCAUGUAUCAGAGUUGGCUCGCGUGUUUUUACGGAGCCAGACAUCACAUGGUGUACAGCAUGUACUCUGUAAGUCAUGCACAUUUUAAAGUUCACCGAUAAGAUAAUAAACGUGACAUCAAUAUGUUGUCCUUUAUUCUUAGUUUACUCUGGCUGUUUCCCUUUCCAAAUUAAAUGAGUCUAUCUGUCUAAUCAGUUUAGGCUGGAAUAGAAAGUACGGUGUGUUUUAAAUAUCUUCACAUGAUGCGUCCUGGCUGUCUUUGCUUUUACUUUGAAAAGUCUAUACUCCAAGCUGCUUUCAGUUAAAGUGUUGUCUCUCUCUGUUUUCUUUUUAGGUGGCUAUCAAGUCCAUUCGGAAGGAGAAGAUCAAGGAUGAGCAGGACAUGGUUCACAUCCGCCGCGAGAUUGAGAUAAUGUCAUCCCUCCGCCACCCACACAUUAUUUCAAUAUAUGAAGGUGAGGGUCUGCCGUAUGUCAGAAAAUACACACACACACGCACAAAACACAUCAUCUACACAAUACUAAUACACACACAUGUCGUGGCUGAGCUGCAGUAUUGUCAUGCUAUGACAUGCAGAUGUCAUAAUAAGACCUGGACUACAGCUCUAGGAUGUUAUUCAUCUUCCCUGCUCUGUCUGUCUGCAUGGACCAGUAAAAGUCUGGAUGGCUUUGACGCUGUGUGUCUGGAUCCCUCUUAGAGCGUGUGUGUGUGUUCGCACGUGUGCACUGGAAGUUUGUGUGUGUAAGGGCAAUGGUAUUCUAAGGGAUUGCCUCUUCCACAUCUAAGGGGUCUCAUCUCUUGUCUUCUCUGGUCUUGAUCUCAGGGCCAGACAUCUGCUGAUGCUUAGAAACAACUGCAGCUGGGAACCAGACUGUACUUAGAUAUAUCUGUGUGCGUGUGUCGGUAUGUGUGCUUCAUAUAUUAGCUCUUAUAUAUUUGUGUCUAUGUAUAAGCAUAGGCAGACCCCAGAUUGACCUAAAUCACCACAAAGCAUGCACCCUGUCUUACCCGGCCCAGUGCAAUGAAAAGAAAGGAAAAGCCUUAAACCUUCCCUGGAGCGAGGACCACAUAUUUCUACUCCAGGAAGAGACUCUCUAAAUAUCAAAGCUUUCAAGUUGAGUUUAAAUGGCUUGCAUAUUAACCUCUUUAUUUUGAUAUAAGCCCCCUUUGAAUGACCUUAACCUCAGUGUAAGAAAACAGGUUUAAAGGUUGAACAAUUCCCAUUGAAUUCUUUCAACAUCUUGCCCUCAAUUAAUCAUCCUUUAUAAUGUCGUCUGGGCCUACAUGCCGGCAAUUAAAGUCACAAGGCGCUGCAGUGUGAGUAGGUUUCAUAUGAUUUGUGGCUUGUGACUAUUUUUAUGCCUGUGUCAACAAAGCAACAGUCCCAGUGCCCUUUUCAGUGAAGCUGCCCUGGCACAAUGGCAGCUGGUUUAUGUGCCACAGCCCAAACUGGCUUACCCACUGUCCUUUGUUCGGUGUCAAAGUCCCCAGGUUGUUAUCAGGAAUGUGUAUAUGAGACAAACAGCUCUAUUUGUCAUGGGAACGUGCCAGCAGUCAGCUGGAGGGCAGCAAAGUUUAAUGGGUCUUGUGGGGGAAUGAUUAAAAGAACACCCAGUUUUAUAAACUCCAAGUAGGCUGUGUAGUGUUCCUACAUGUGCCGCUCUCCUUUAUAAGCAGCCCAAUUCACCAACAAUCACAAGCAGACUCAUUGCCCUGGCUUUUUCCCCUCAAACCCAGCGUUUACUGUUGUGGCCUGGACUCCACCCAGCCUUGCUUUAGAGAUAUAUAGGAGGCCCCGAGAUUUGUGUAUCCGGCAACACCCUCUUCAACAGCCCCUGCUAACUGCUUUGUGUGAAGCAAAGCUGAACCAGAUGUGUGUGUGAAGAUUGAUUUUUCACCACUCCCUCACAUUCUGCAUCCAUCAGCAUGCUGUGAGGGGCAUUUGAAAGCAGAUUUCAGUCUUCGCUCCUCAGGCAUAACUAAAUACCCCAGUUCCAGCUUUUUUAAAGACCCACUCCGAUGAAAAUCAUCUUUUUCUUGUUUUUUUAUGUAUUCAUGUGGCAUUUUUAUGAUGCUACAGGACAUAUCAUGAGAAAACCAAAUGCUUAAUUGCUUUUCUGAGUAUUUCCUUAUUCAAAUGAAGCUGUGAAUCUCUGGCAGACCCAAACGGCAGGUUAAUGCUGCGUUCAAGUUACCUCGUAAGUCAGAAGUCCAGGCUGAAAAUGACAUCACACCAGAGUUCCCAGUGUUUCAGUUACAAAGUCGGAAAAAAGCAAAAUCGGAGGCAGAAACAAGAUGGCUACAUCUAUGAAAGUUAUUUUAGUGCUUGCCUUGUCUGAAUAUAAGGCAAGCGCUUUUUUCUGACUUGGGGCUGUGUCCGAAAUGGAUCCCUAACCCUUAUACAGGUGACUAUAUGGGGGUUAGCGCCAUUUUGAGGGGUGUCCGAAACCAGAGUGAUUAAUUCCAGUGCUCCGUAUAAGCGACUCAAAAUUUCCCAUAAAGCAUUGCAAAAUGUAGUGACCAUCCAAUGGUCACUCACCGAUAGUGGGCAUCCCGUCAUGCAUUGCGUCUUGCCAUGUAGUGUCUGAAACCUCUGGUGAUUGAGUUCACUACACAGUCAACUAUAUAGUGAAACCCCAUAUGGGGGUUAGGGGUUAGGGAUUGAGUGAUUCAUUUCAGACACAGCCGGUAACUGAAAUGCUCUGCAGUAACUGUAAUGCUCUGCAGAAGAAAAGACCUUAAAAAUGACACAAGUACAAACUUUUGGUAAAAACUUCAUAAUCACAAUUUAAAGACCACCGUGAACACUUUAAGUAGAAAAAAAAAAAAAAAAGAGUGGGACUUUAAGAUAUCUUGAUAAAUCCAGUUUACGACAGAGGUGGUUAAGCUAAGCCUGACAACCUGACACAAGUGAAAGUUGGCAUUUUAGGAAACUUACUUAAAUGCACUUUGGUAACACUCAUAUCACAGUAGACAUGAGUCUGCAGCCAGAAGCUGGUAAGUUCAGUCUGACUUUAUGGAGCCAAGAAAUCGUCUGCUGCUGGAAGUGUCAUAUUUACCAUACAGAUGUAACAAGGGUACCUAUCUUCUCAUCUAACUGUCAGUGAGAAAACCAGUAAGUUUAUUUCCCAAAAUGUUGACCUUUGCAUUUAUGAGAGGGAAUAAAGAGAUAUAAAGCCAGAACAGACAUAAAAUCAUUAAUCCUGCUGGGAGCGAACGGCCAACAUUUUUAUUAUGCUCAUUAUGCUGCAUUCUCUGAGGGUGACAUAAGCCUAGAUGGUAAGUGAAACUGUGAGAGGAGCUCUUAUUUUGGUAGCUCAGGUCAGUUAUAUAAGAGCAAUUCAACCUGAAACCUGCUGAGGUAAUCAACAUAAAAAAAACGCUGAAAUAAAAAUGUGACAAAUUUAAUGCCUGCCUGCACUAACUGUGCACAGUACACAUAAAGUGAAACUCAUAUUUCAUUGGUGAAUCAUUUUUUUACUCAUUCCGAAAAAGAAACCUAGCAACAACCAGUCCAACACACUCAUAUACUUUAAACACAGGCCUAAGAAAAUAACUGCAGAAGGCAUGAUUUGAGAGUGCUUUUAAAGACGAUAAAGCUCUAUAUCACUCAUUGUAGUAGCAUUCUGCCCCUUGUCCUUUAUGCGUGCUUGUAACAGUGGUCUAUCAUCAGCGCAAGCAGUGGGACAAUAGGUGCUAAUUACUCAGAUGUGAGGGCCUGACCUGUGAACAAAAGCCCCAAUGAGUGACAGUGAGCCUGUAGUGGUGGCUGCCGUACCCACCGGGCUGUAACAAAACCCAGUUAUGUAAGCCAGGUAAUUACUUCAACGCCGGGGUCAAAGGUAAAUGAGAGUGCACGCAGAGAAUUGGCUCUGCAAGAAAAAACACCACUGUGAAUCAGUGUGGAUAUCACCCCAGGUCCCCGUUCUGUCCACCAAUCAGAAGGCUGAAAUUCUUGUGUUUCUUCCUGAGCAGCCAGACAGACACGAUCAGGGAGCAUUACCAUCACUCAACAACUGUGUGCUUUUGUAGGGGAUUAUAUGUUAAAAAGGAUCCUCGGAGGGGGUGAUGAGGAGAGUAGAGUGUGACAAACUAUGAAGGUGCUCACUCAAGGGUGUAGAAAGCAGAGGCCCUCACCCCCGGUGACCCCGCUGUGUGGGAAAAUCAACCCAGAGCAACGUGGCGGAGUGUGUUGUUGUCAUGUCCUCGCAUUUUCUACUCUGUCUUUCUCUUCCCGCACAUAACCAUUUUCAUUCCCUUCAUGCCAGGGCGCUGGGAGGGGAACAUGUUGCCAAAUCAAAAUUAUACAGGCUACGUACAAACACUGAAUGAUAUGUUUGGUGACUGCAGAUGGUUAGCAACUUUUUUUCUACAGUCACCAGAUGUGCAACAAGCCACAUUUUUAUCUCUUUUUUUUAAACGUUUUGUUCAUCACAUUUUCACAUUUUUCCCAUAAAAGGAAAAGUAAUUCACAAAUAUGAAAUUAGAAUAUUACAAGUAAUUAUAGAGGACGCUGUUCUGGGGGCAUAUUAGUGUCAAAAAGUCCUUUUUUUUGUACAACCAGGCACCACAAAGUCGAAUCUUUGUCUACUUUAAAUGUGGUGAUCUAUUUCUACUUUUUGGCAAAGGUUGUUUAGAGACAUCGAAGUCCAGCUAUUGAGGUUUAGGGGGUCACAUUCGUAUAUAUAUGUCUUUUCAGCAAUGAACAGUUUUUUUGUUAAAAAAAGGUCUUACUUUUGUCACAUCUUCUUUCAUUACACCAGGAAAUCCCCACAGUUCCUAAAAACCAAAGUUUUACUCCUUCUGAGUAUUUUAUUUUAUUUCAUUUUUUAGCCUUUAUUUAACCAGGUUAGUCCCAUUAAGAUUACAGAUCUCUUUUACAAGGGAGACCUGGCCAAGAGGGCAGCAGCAGAGUUCCUACAACAGAUAAAGUUCACAACAUCUCAACAUUAAAACAGUCUCACAUAAAACAUUCACACACAGAUGAGGUAGAUUGUAAUGAUUUCACUAUAGUUUUAAAUUCAUUUAGUGUCACAAGAGCUUGAAGGCGAAGUUCAGACUGUAGUUUGUUCCAGGUAUUAGGUGCUGAAAACCUAAAACCCUUCAUGCCCAGUAUGGCAGUGAUGUGCAUCCAUGUUCUCACACAGUUAUAGACAUUUUAAUCCAGUUGUCUCUGUAGAAAGCUUUUAGAUUUGGUCAGCCAGAUCAGUUUCCUAUCCUUUCAGAGCAGAGACAAGUGCAGUGUUACUUACUUGCCUCCCUUAAGUAUCCAGAAACACAAACACAACAGACCGUUGUGUUUCUCUUAAAUCAAAAUGGGGAUGCUCUUGUCUGUUCUCUUUGAGUAGUUAGGAGUUGUCACUAGAGGAAAUGUGCACACUGUUUCAACAUUCACUAUUGUACAAUGUGAUAUUUCCUAAUCAUGUGUUCUUCUCUUGUUUUGCUGGAUAAGAAUGUCACAGCGUGUUGAGAAACAUGUUGACAUGGUGCGAGGUUGGAGUCGGAUGUUUUGAGGGCAUAGCUCUACCCUCUUUCUGUCUGCGAAGCUCACUCUUUCUCUCCUUGCUCUGGCUUUUGUCGUCUCUCUGUUUUCACUUCUCUCUCUGUGAGUCUCUGAGGAGUGGGCUUGAUUGAGUUAACAGCCCCUCCCUGCGAUGUUGUGAAGGAGCCAGACACAUGAGGUGGGGUUUGCGGUGAUGUAACCUUGGGAGAAGUGUAGAGAUGUUAUGUGUUUCUCUGGAAUUUGGAUCCCUGCCCUGAAACUAAAGAGUGUGUGCGUUUUAUACAUUACAGUGUCUGUUUGUGAUUUCAGCUUGAUAGAAUGAACCUGGACGGCCGUAGCGGGAGUUGUCCUCUUAUCUCGCUUGCUUGAUGUAUUUCCUUGAAAGUAGAAAUUAAUAGACUCCAACUGUUUUCUUAUCAUUUCUCAGUGUUUGAGAACAAGGACAAGAUCGUGAUUGUGAUGGAGUACGCCAGCAAGGGCGAGCUGUAUGACUAUAUCAGCGAGCGGCGGCGCCUGAGCGAGAGGGAGACGAGACACUUCUUCAGGCAGAUAGUCUCUGCCGUGCACCACUGUCACAAGGUAAGUAAAAAAAUAGAAAAAACACUCUUUUCAUUGAGAAAAACAUGCUGUUUUUCUUUCUUUCUUGGUUACCUUAUUUCCCUUUUUGCCUCCUGCAUGUGUAUUUGUUUUUUUCCAGGCGUGCUUAUUGUAACACUCACUGUCCAGCUCUUUAGUCAGCCAUACAGCCGGUUAAUCUACAGGCCCAACACGGUAUGCUUUUCUUGGCGAGCUCGCCUAAGGGAGUCAUCUGUUUCUGAGUGAAGAUGGAACACAGGCCGGUUUAAUUCAGGCUUACUCUCCGAUUACAGAGCACCAAACAGGCUCCUGCAUUAAUUCUGUCCUCAUCUGUUGACACACUGAAAGCUGUCCCCAGAUACCCCCAAAGAUUUCUCCCCUGAGAUUUGGCUUAAGGCACACCCACGCCAACCUACUACUCCAAAACCUGCUCACACUCAUCAAACCCCCCCCUAGGGUCUGUAUGCUUGUUUGGAUGGGCUCCCCUCUAGUCAUACUCCCAGCUGGAGAUAGAUAUGAUGUCAUAGCGCUCAGAUAGGAGAGUCCCAGACACCCAUGAAUGAUGAAUCAUCACCGCCAAGCACAGCCUUGCGCCGGGUGGGGUGCUGUGAGUCACUGACACAACAAGCAAGCAAGCAGCCAUUUCCCCCUUGUGUCUGCCAAUCAGAGCAAUUUGAACAAAAGCUCUCUUCAAAAUAAUAGCCAAUACAUCCGUCUGCAUACCACAUGUUAAUUCUGGGGUUGUUUUUUUUUUAAUUCAAGCCAAUGAAUUGUCUUUUAAUCCCAAGAUGUUGUGAGAACAUCAUUCAUACAGGCCGGUAAUUACAGGCUCAUGUUUAUGUGACACAUGCGAGUUGAAUUUAAAAAGAAAAUCACAGCAGAUGUCAGCAUAAAGACGCCAGAGGGGACAAGAGCAAUUAAAGAGAAGUACACCAACAGGCUGUGCUGAUUUCCCCUGAGAGCCACAGGCUCGCAUUGUCAAGAGUAAAUCAUCUCUUACAUCAGUCAACCAUUUGUUAUUUCUCACAUGAAAAAUGCAAAGAGAGAUAAAUUAAUCAUUUCUUUGUUUGUUACUGUCUUUCAGAACGGGGUGGUGCACAGGGAUCUGAAACUGGAAAAUGUGCUACUGGAUGAAAACUGUAAUAUUAAGGUAAGUCUGUCUGAGGUCUGUGAUGUGUGGAGGCGUAUUCAGCCAGGAGAAAAGAAACAAACAAACACAAAAUCAUGUGAAGUCAUGAUUAUGAAAUAAAUCCAAACAAUGAGAUUAAAUGAGAAAUAUUGAGAAAGAGUAGAAAAAAAUGACACUUUUACUCAAAAUUAUGAGAAAAAACAUCUUGUUGUGAGAUUAUGGUGGUAAAAUUAUGGGGUUUAAAGUUAUCAUGAUGGUAGUUUUAAAAAAAAUAAGGAAAUAAAUUAUGAAACAAAAAUUCAAAAUACUGAGAUAAGUUACAUUUUUGUGUUAAACCUCAUCACAACAAACGCAAGAUCAUAAUCAUAAUUAUGUCGGUCUAACACAUGAUCAUGAUUUUUCUCUCAUAAAUUAGUUUUUUGUCCAAUAAUAAUGAGUUUUUGUUUCAAAAUUUCAACAUUUUAUUUUGUGAUCAUGACGUAUUCUCUAAUUCACGACUUUUUAUUCCCUAAUUUUGUCUAAAUCUCACUUUAAUGACUCACUGUCUUGACUUUGUUUGUCAUUAUUUUGACUGUUUAUCUCAUAAUUCUGAUUUCCCUCCUUCUUUAUCUCUAAUCCUACAUGGAUCUCAUAAUUAUAACUUUUUUACUCAAAAUAAUUCCUUGUAUUAUAGUUUCAUGACCAAAAAUCUCAUAAUUUUAAGAGCUUUUUAAUCAUCGAGGCUAAGUUUUCACUUUUUUUCUGUCAGAAAGAGGUCAAAAUUUAAGAUCUUCAUUUUAAUGAGCGCUGUAAUGCAAAGACUAUAACACAGAUCAAUAAGAUGAAACAAUUACAAACCCAAGAGAGCACUGUUGCAUCAAAUCAAAUCAAUCAACAAUCCCAUGAUAUGUGUUAAACAUCCGUGUUGUGUUGUUUUCCACAGAUUGCUGAUUUUGGGUUGUCUAACCUGUAUCACAAGGACAAGCUGCUGCAAACCUUCUGUGGCAGCCCGCUCUACGCUUCACCAGAGAUCGUCAAUGGGAGACCGUACCGAGGCCCAGAGGUGAGCCCCGGUCAACCAGACAAUGACAAUGACUGAAAAACACAGCUGCUCUCUUGUGAACUUCAUUUCCAAGACAUCAUUAUCUUUUUAUGUAAUUAUCUUCAUCCUCAUUGUGUUCUCUUGCUGUUAAAUUCAGUGUGAACCACCCAGAUCUCUCGCCUUGUAUGGCUUUCAUCAUUAUUAUCUCACUUGUGAUUAUCGUACACAAAGAAGUGUUCAGGCUUUAUUUCCCUUUUUUCUUUGAUGAGAUUACUAUUAAGCAGCAGUCAAAGGGGGGUCUUUCUUUUUGCAGCUCCACAGUGGGUCAGCUCAGAUACUGUCUGCACCCCCCCUCCCCAUUCGACCAUGUGUUGAUCCUUUGAAGUGAGGAGCUGGAGAAUAGUUUUUCGCUUGCUUUCUCUUCAUCCUAAUGGGAUUGGAAUGAGCUCUGAGGCCUUUAAAAAAAAAAAAAAACAACCUCAUGGUCAAAGUUAAAUAGUUUGGGUGAAAAGAAGAGCGAAAAUGUCUCCUCAAAGCCGCUCUUCUGGCAAUUCCACAGUCAUUCCAAUGGGCGUUGUCUCCGAAAUUGCAUCAGUUACAUAAAACAAAGCGGCGGAGGAAGGGAAAAAAACAUGCAUUUUUAGAUUUUCAAGUCCAACCAUUCAAUUUAGCUUAAUUCACUAUAAUUUCCUCCAGAGUGCUAAAAACUACAGCAGUCAGAUUGCGAUCGAAAUUACAGAACCUCGGUCGGGGUGAGGCCGCAAAUUGCAGCAAACUCAUGCAACGAAAAUAGAACAAAACAAUAGUGCGUGCCCUCGAAACAUUCCUGAUGUUAGUCAGGAUCCUUAAGAGGAAGUACACUAGCCCUUUAACCGUCCAGAUCUGAUUUCCUCUUCCUAGACUGUCUCAAAACUUCUGCCACCACAAAAGAAAAAGUUCCUCAGGACAUUGCAUCUUCUUGUCACUUUAAACACACACAUCACAUUUCCCUUUCUGUCACUUUCAUACAAACACACACACAUAGAGAUGCUGGAUGGCGACAUGUCUCCACAGAGUCCUCAGGGGCCGGGAUAUCUUGCCUUUGCCAUCUCUGCUGGACUCAUUACCCUCCUCCAUUCCCACCAUUUCCCACAUCGCUCUGCACCUCCUCAUGCCCCAGACACAAAGUCUUAUGUAACCGCUUACUUAGGAAGCCACAUUGCAUUAGGGUUGGUGGUCAGAAAGUGCUCGCUUCUGCCUGACAGAGCAGGAAAGAGUGGAGGGAAGGGGGGAAGGAGAGGAUUUAUCUUUGUGGAAAUAAGCCAUUUCCCACAAGCAGGCUGGUAUUUGUCAUCGUUUCUAUGAAGAAGCACCGCAGCGUACAAAGCUCUUUAACAGAGAGGCUCUCUUAAGAUGCUCGUGUAAGAAGCGUAUUUGUGCAAAGUUCGAAUAUUUUAGGGCCGUGAAUCACUCAUUACACACAGUUUGGAUUAUGUGACGUCUGGGUCAACACUGUGAGACUUAUGCUGCGUUCCAGUUACCUUGGAAGUCGGAGCUGGGAAUGACGUAACACCCGAGUGGACGGCGUUCCAAUAAACAAGUCGGAAAACCAAGAUGGACGCCUACUGUUAGCCAGUGUUAACAAUUGUCAGCUGUCGUUAGCCAUUGUUAGUUGCUGUUAGCGAUACCAGUUGUAAACAACGCAUAACACAGUAUUUUACUCUUACAAACAACAUAGAAUCGUGUUCACAGUUAGACGUUGGGCAGUAUGACAUAAACCACUUAUUUAAUUUCACAAAAAUAAAACAGAAGUGCUAAUAAAUAAUACAUUAGAGCUUUCAUUCUUACUUUUUACUGCUGUUGCACGGCCAUCUUGGAUUAUGACGUUGUCGUCAAGUUGUGGUUGGUGAGGAUCGUCCGACUUUCCGAGUUGGAAAUCCGACUUCAGAUGAAUUUCCGACUCGGAGCUCAGAAAUCCCGACUUCCAAGAACAACUGGAACGCAUUAUUAGAUUGUCAUUUAUGACUGUUUUGACUAUAUGAACGAGUUAAAAACAAGUUGUUUGUUCUCCCCAGGUGGACAGUUGGGCUCUGGGGGUGCUGCUGUAUACCCUGGUCUAUGGGACCAUGCCAUUUGAUGGGGGAGACCACAAGAACCUCAUUCGCCAGAUUAGCAACGGCGAGUACAAGGAGCCCACUCAGUCCUCAGGUACUGCCAGAACUCCUGUUUGUAUUGUAUUUCUUAAAGUUUUAUUACAGCCUGAAAAAAAAACACCUGACAUUCAUAAAUCUGUGCUCUAAACUCAACUUUGCAAAUCUAGUUCAGGUGGGCUGAAGUGAGGUGCACGAUUGGUCAUAAAUUGAGGCUCUCAAACCUUGAUUUUUUUUUAAAUCUAUGAAUGCUGCAGGACUCACUUAUUUAAUAUAAAUUCCAUAAAUACUUAAAAGUCUGUGAAAAGUUGGUCGAUAAACUUCUCCAAUGGCAUAUGAAUCAAAGUGCUCUCAGUCUAUAUAUAAAGCAGAAUCUGCUUCAUCCAUUACAGAUGAUACUCAGUGCUUCCUUGUCUGGAGAGUCAUAGUUUUCAUAAACCUUUUGUAACGUAGCAGCAUCUUCAUAACUCAAAAUCAGAAUAUAAUGUGUUCAAGAACUGAAAUAUAAACCUCCCGGAGGUCAUUUCACUGCAGAUUACAGACUGUUGUUGGUUUAUUUUCUCUCAGAUGCUCGUGGACUGAUCCGCUGGAUGCUGAUGGUGAACCCUGAACGCAGAGCCACAGUGGAAGACAUCGCCAACCACUGGUGGGUGAACUGGGGCUGGAAGAAUAGCGUGUGCGACUGCGAGACCCAACGUGACCAUGGCGGCUCGCCCAUGCUGGCCCGUUUCAUCGACUGGCAGAACCGCACUGAGCCACGUGGUUCUGGAGCGAAGGUUGCUGUCAUGCCCCAGCUGUUGCGCCAGAGGCCCAAAAAGUCCAAGAAGGAAAAUGUGGAGGCGGGACAGACCCACUGUGGAGCGGAGGACAAGCCGGGUCUGAAGAGGCCUAAAGGGAUCCUGAAGACCCGGGUGACUGAAGAGCAGCAGUCCACCAGUCUAGAAGAGGGGGAUUUGGGUCAGGGGGUGUUGCCUAAAAGUGCUGAAGGCGGAGAGGAAGCCUCAAGUCCAGAUCGAGAGGAGGAGGAGCCAGUGGGUGGAGGCUCACCAGCUAAGAUGGUGCCGACUCUACCAAAGAAGGGCAUCUUGAAAAACAACCAGCAGCGGGAAUCAGGGUACUACUCCUCGCCAGAGCGCAGCGAGUCCUCCGAGCUGUUAGGGGGCGCCAGUAUGUCACUGCUAGCAACCUCUCCACCUAAAAGAGUGAUGGGAAGAAAGGGUAUCUUAAAGCGAAACGGCAAGUACUCCACCUACAGCGGGCCUCCAUCAGCAGCAGCAGUGGCCGGUGCCCUUGGCGAGCCUCCUCCCUCGACCGACUCCGGUCUGUCCCGCAGUCAGAGUCGGCCGUCCAGCAUCGUCGGGGAGGACAGCUCUGUCCUUUCCCUGUCGCCCAGCUCCUUGGGUGGGGCCGAAUGGCACCCCUCCACCCCUCACCUCCGCCCGAACAUCAGGGCCUGCGUCUCAGCGGAAAACCUGCUGCAACUCGCCAACUUCAAGGGCUUCCAGGCAGCGCCGCCGCUCCAGGGACCCAAGUUCAGCCGUGGCUCCAGAACAAAAGGCUCCCCGACGGACAAUGGCAGCUUCUCCUUGCUGGGGGACCUGGAGGACAUGACUCAGGUGUACCAGCAAGCCCUGGACAUCAGCAGCAACCUCACCUAGCAGACAGAGGGCAAAGACAAGAGAAAGCAGAGGGGACUGAACAUGACUGUUUGUGUGUGUAUGUGUGUGCACAGAUGUAUUCAGAUGGUUUUAACGACCAGUGUGUUACUGGGAUUUACCUUUGGGGAGGUUGUGGUUUUCCAUAUGAGGCUGAAAUCUUGUUGGAAGUAAUACGUCUACACACACACACAUGUACACACUUAGGUGCACUUCUCUGGCCAGGAGAAAGUUAGUGAGAGAGAAGGAUCUGGCAUGAAAAAUGCCACCCAGUCUGCUUUCUUGGCCCGCCCAUAGACUUUGCUGUGUUCAACAUGUUUACAUAUUCAGCAAGAAGGCAAGUUAGAAUCACAAACGCAGCGACCAGGAACUGGUUGUUUGCCACCGAUAUUGAGUUUAAGUUUACAAAAGCACCUUAAAACUCACACAGAGCACAUGCUUUUGUGAUCUUUACUUCCUUUAAAAAAGAAAAAAAAAACUGAAACAAACCAGGGUCUUGUUCCAAAAAUAACUGACAGUGCUGAUUAUUUAUUAAUAUUUUUGUAGCUUUUAGUUUCAAGUGCAUAACUGGUGGGCGCUGGCUUGUUACUGGAAGAGUCCAAACUCUUUGUGUGGAACUGACAUAUAUAAUUAUGUUACUCAGUGAUCAUGAGAAACAUAUAUAUACUCAGCAUAUAUAAGCAUGCCUGCGCUUGUAAAACACGCAGGUAUAUAUACCUUCAUAAAAGCAUAUGUCCUAUAUAUGUGUAUGAUACUUGGGAAUAUGUAGGAAGUGCCUUUUUUGAUUCAUAAUAACAAUUAUGUAUGUCACUUCCUUAAAGUGGAGGGAAAAGCCAGGCCAACCUGUCACCAGUUGUGCUUAUUUUGUAAUGUUGUUUGUGAAUGUGGAAUGACCCAGGGCCUUGUGCACACAGCUUUACAUGUUUCAGGGGUCAAAGGUCAAUCUCAGACAGUUGAGAUCAAACAGUCUCGUCUCUUUUUUCCCCCCCUCCUGGAGAAUCACACACAGAUAUCUCCUGGAAAAAAGACCUCCUCUGUGGUCUUUGUCAGUGUUUAAGCCCAGAGCUUGGUUUGUCAGCAGUUUAGGUGGCUUGGCUGAACACAGAUUCGCUGGCAGCACCCCCCCUGAGGGUCUGGAGGGACUCACCUAGUGGGACACAGUCCUGGAAUGCGCCUGGCUCUCUUAACCAUGUUUUCACAUUUUUUUAGGCUACCUGAUAAAAACAGGCCGUUUAGCGAGAUAACCAGUUGUUUCUGUUUGUUGGCAUUUUUUUUUUCAACCAAAGAUAUACAAAUAUUUUUUCAUAGUUAACCCUUGUCCCGUCAAAAGAGCUAAGUAGGGCGCUUUGUUUUCGCCUGCUGAUGACACAGCGAAUUCCUCAGACAAAGGGUGGAGACGUGUUGGUGCGAGAGAUCUCUAUCAGCACCAGCCAGACUCAGCACAGGUGGGAUCUGCGGUGCGUGCUCAGCCCUCCAGCUGUGUAUACUAGUCCAUUAUGUCAACCAAGCACAAUUAGCCAGCUAUUGUUUUCAUUUGACAGUAAAAGAGGGAGGGAGUGUGUAAGGAUUUAUAGCUAGAGGGAGACGGAAAGAGUGUAAAAAAAAGAAGUGGUGCAUGAGCAGGUACUGAGGUUAGAGAGGACUUUUCUGUCACGCAGAAAAGGUCAAGGAGUUAGAUUUGUUUUUUGAAGGACUUGUAAUGUAGAUGUAGAAAGUAAAGAAAGUGAGUAGAAAGAGUAGAUGGAAGGUUAGAUGUUUUUUUUUUGAUACCAAAGAAGUCAUGAAGCUUUUGCAAGGAUGGGUCAGGGAUUAACAAGAGUCAACUUUUUAUUUUUUAUUUAACUUAGGAACCCCCACUGGUGAAUGAAAUCAUCCCCAUACUGGCUUUACAUCACGUUUGUUUAUUUUUUCUCUUUGGGGUUUUUUAUUUGAGAUGCCAGAGGCUGUUGAUACAGCUUGUCUUGAGGGUCAGUCAGUGUGUGACACGUGUGUUCUUGCGUGGCCUCAGAAAGUGCAAUGCACUUUUCAACUGCAGCGAAAAACGUGGGAGAACGGUGACUGACAUCAUCCAGAAUAUCAAAUGAUGUGGACGGAAAACCAUGCAGAAGAUGACCCGGAGGAAAUAGAUCUCAUGUUGAAUGUUUUCAGUGGUUCUCUGGUGUGAAGGAAAAGGUCCUGGGUAUUGGUUCAAAUGAAAGACUCGCUGCCUAUUAUAUUGCAUUUAAUUGCCUUUUUUUGUAUUGCAUUUUUAUUGUCAACUGGAUUUACAGUGAGAAAAUUAUACUAUGUUAGUAUUUUGUUUUAUUACGCUUCUGUUUUUGAUUUUCCAAAAUAUAAGAAACUUUAUAUUGCUUUAUUUUAUGGCAGAAGAAUACUUCCUUCCUUGAAGUAUAAGAAAUUUCAAACAGGAAAAACUUGAAAUUUGGUGUUUAAAGCCCAUUCUCAACCUCUUCAACCCUAAAAAAAAAUAAUUGGAAUAAAACAAUAUGCAAGAAAAUGUUCUAAAAAUACUGAUUUUAAAUCUUAAGAGAAAUUAAGAAAAAAGAAAAAAAACACGGAAGGAUAAAAAGAAAAGAAUCUAAAACUUUUACUCUGCCAAACUGGAAAUAAGUGGUGCAUAUCUGUUAGUUAGCAGAAAGUCUAAUCAUAGGAAAACUUGACUGGAUAUUGUUAUGACAAUAAUAAUAAUAAUAAUAAUAAAUUAGUAUUAUUAUGUUAUUUAAGUAUUAGUUUUUCGUAAUGGCUCGUUAAGACUGUCGGCUAUUGCCACAGUUUUGGUUUUCUUUUAUUUUGUCUGUUGGUGAUCCUGGACUGCCAAGGUGGAUUACGUUGCGUGCCUUUGGUAUCUUCUCUGAUUUUUUUUUUUUUUAUAUUGAAAAUUAUUACCAAUGUGUUUUAUACUUUGUAUUUAUUGGUGAUCAAGCCAUUGAAUUUUUGUCAAAAACUAUACUCCCUGUUCAUGCUUUGGUCUGCUCUGGACUGUGUGUUGUGUUCAGGAUGAACUGCACAAUAAAAAUCUCAUUAGUUCGCUCGAAGUAGAGUGGUAUCAUCUCAUUGUGAAAGCAGUGGCCAAGUGUGUAUUCUUAAGAGUAACAAAACGCUUAAGAGUUUCUCAAAUCCUGUAAAAUGUCUUAAUUCAUCCAGUCGGGUGUAUUUCUACUCAAGACAAUGCCUCUGUAGUACUGUAUCAACUCAAAUAAAUGGAUCUUGAAAGUUGCUCGUGUUUGUUUUCCUGCUGUGUGUGGUCAUUUUAGUUUAGGUUGCUCCAUAAGUUUGGGUCACAUUGAAACAUCAUUAGGACACAUCCUCUAAGUGGGAUAAAUAAAUGUAAAUAUAAUGAGUCUCACAUUGCAAAUAUACUCUGUCCUCUUCACACAGUGGGUCAAAAGGCGAAGAUUACCGUCUCUUGCACUCUGCAAGCUUCCCUUUCAUGUAUUUUCAGAGUUCAGGCUUCACUCCUCAGUUAAAGUUGCUUCCCAUUUAAAGAGGGGAAGCUGAUCUAGUGGUUGAGUUCAAUAAAUAAAUAUCCUAGAUGUCAGACCAGGACAGAAUCGUUAUUCAUUACAGUAGGGACGCCUCAGACUAUUAUUGGAGAAACGUCCUAAUUUCUUUUCCAUUUUGAGAUUAUGUGGCCCAAAAACCUACAUGAGUGCAUGAAGGAGGUUGGCAGUGGAGGUGUCCCAUUUCUAUCUGAACUCUGUGAGUUGGGUUGUCAAAUAGGGGACAGAAAGUUGGAUUCAAGAUGCCACCCUAAAAGAGGCCAGGUCACUUAGACUUGGUUUGAAAGAAUUCGUCAAACCACAUGGCCUGCAAAGAGAGAGAGAGAGCAAUCAGGCUCUCCAAAGCAGAACUUUCAAUGGGGCCAGUUUGAGGCAGUGAAAUUAGCCAAAGUUUCCACUCAGCCACUGCCUUGAUUUGAACUUAAUGGAUGUUAAAGUGAUACUCCACCCAAAGUCUAUUUUUGAAGCAUUUAAAAGUCAAUCACAGAGGGCUUAAAAGGUGGCUGUAAAACUUUUACAAUGAUGUCCCUCACAGAAGCACCGCAGUUCUAAUAACAGUGAAUUCUUGUCUUUUUUUUUUCUCAAUGGAAGAAAAUAAUUAAGACACACACUGAGUUCUUAGAACCACCCCUGCAAAAUAAAACCACAGAGCUAAACUCAUAACAUUAUACGUAUACUACAUUUUUUCCAAUGAGUGCAAAACUUUUAAACUAGUUAGUUGUUUCAAACUGAGAGGCCGGUAAAGUACAACUGUCAUGAUAUGUUUUGUUUAUUUAGUUUUCUUCUGGUUUUAUUUGAGUGUAUUUUGUGUAUUUUCCCUUGUGUUUCUGUUCUUUAUCAUUUUCUCUGUGUUUUAUUCCUUAUAUCAGUUUUCAGUGUUUCCUGUUUUAUUUUGUAGUAGUUGAUUCCUUGUGUUUCUAGUCUGGUUUUACUUCCCUGGUUUUCCCUCCCUCGUUAAUCACCCAUGAGUUUCACCUGUGUCUCGUUUGCCUCACCUGUUGCUCGUUUCCCAGUGUGUAUAUAGUCCCCGUCUUCCCCCCUGUCCUGGUUGGUUCAUUAUAUGUCGAUAUGUGUGUGUAUGCUUGUGUCCCCAGUUCUCUCCUUGUGUUUUUUUCCCAGUGCCCUUUUGAUUCUGUGGAUUUUGCUUUCUAUGUUUUUUUUUGUUGGAUUUUGCCUUUUGGAUUUUUCAGUUGGACAUUUUAAAGUAAGUUUUUUGGUGCUUUAAUUAAUCAUUUUUUUAAUCUACACUUGGGUCCUUUUCCAACAUAUGAGAUGAUAGUCUAGCAGGCUGGGGGGGGGUAUAGUCUCAGGUCACUUAGUGGGUAUGAGCCAAACAUUACAUUUUGAUCAGGAUGAGACCAGUAUAUCCGAUCAUAGUUAGGCAACAUUAAAACUAUUUAAAUUUCUGAGGUAUAUGGCUUAGACGGGCGGUGGUUUAUAAUGAACGCCUGCAUAUGUGUGUGUGUGUGGGUUCUAGUCCCAUAUAACCUGGUUUCACUGGUAUAUUGUCAUUGGUAAAGAUCAACGGAUAAAACAAAAUCCAAAUACAUUACAGGCAAGAGUCACUGUCUCAACAAAAAAGAGAAAUGGCAAAUGGAAAGAGUUGCUCUGUUAUUCGGUUGAACAUACAGUGAGUAGAUUUUGUUUCUCUGGGACUGAAAGUUCUGGCUGGUUGGGUCCCAUUUGCUGGCCCAAGUUGCCCAUGACUGACAAACUUUCCCCCCUAUGAGAUGAUGAAACCUGAAAAAUGCUGGAAAUAGUGCUGAUGUAAAACAAAUCCUCCAAAAUUGUUGAUACCACACCCCCAGUGAGUAGUUGUGUUUAUUUGGACCCUGGCAUACUUGCUGAUAAUUACUGAAAAAAUGAUAAUUAGAAAACUGACGAUUUAAACAAACUACAGUAGACAAGAUGGAGCGAAGAACAGAGCUCGUGUCUGGCACCUCUGAGGAACAAGAGUGUCUGUUUUUAGGACUUGGAGAGUCUAUUGAUUGUCGAGGGAGAACAUUGCUGCUGCUGCUGGGUUAAUUUGAUCCACAUUUUUGUGAGGAGAAGGAGGAGGAGGAGGAGGUGGUUGGCUGAGGGCUUGGCAGUCUUUGGGGGAUUUGGUUUUGAUGAGUACGACAGCAUCCUGAGCUGGUGUGGGCCAGACACAAGCUGCAGGCCUUGAAAGAGGACAACAUCAAAUACUUGUACAGUUUGGUGCAGAGCAGGCAACCACACAUUGAAACUGUUAUCCCAAGGCUGAAGUUGGCCUUUGUGAGCCAUAAAAAAUAGCUUUUAACUAAAUCUUCUAUUUGUAAAUCCCUCCUACAUCAAUAGUCAUUUUUAACACUGACAGAGAGCUACACAAAAUAACAUCCAUCACUGUAUGAAGCCGGUGUUUCCUCUUAGAAGAUUUGUCGAAAAGAGCCACGUAAUUAUCAAUGGAAUGAGUGCAGGGCCUUUUAUUAUUUUCAUAGUCCAGCUGUCAAAGUCAAAAGUAAGCAAACCCAAAGUGCAGAUGUAGUACUACAAACAGAGGACGAACAACAAAGCGAUUAUGUAACAGUCUGACUGCUCACCAAAAUUAAUUUUCAGUCGCAUGAAAGGGCCAAAACAGACAAUCUUAACGAGACAAAAAACUCGACUUCUUUUGAUAUUUCAACAGCUGCAUCCCCGACACAGAUAUGAUCUGAGUUUCAAAGGAAUAUUUUUGUCUUCUGAACAAUUUCUUGUUCGCUUUUUGACCCUUAAACAAAGUCCAGCUGCUAGACCCUCUGAAUUACUCCCUUCAUUACACCCCUCGCUCCAUCUGCGGAAAGUAAGCCUGUUUGCCCCUGGAGGUGGGGGUUUACUGGUAGAGAUGCAAACCCAACUAUAUAUUCAAAAUGCCAAACCCCUCCCAGGACACCCCAUCCGGUCCUGAAGCAUGACCCCUGACUCCAUGCCUUGCAGAUAUGGAGGUCUGCAUAAUGUUGGGGGGAUAUAUGCAACUUUCUUAGCGUGAGGCACAGACUCAGGAGGCCUCUGUUUUUUCGCUAGCAUGGGAUAAAACUCUGUCACACGCACGGGGAGAUUCGGGACAUGAAAGUCUGUGUAAAUACACAAGCUUCAAAUCCGUUUACAACUCCUCUUUUCUCUUUCAAAAAUGCUUUGCAUGAAAAAGUAGGAGAGUAUUCUGCAAAUUGAGCAGAAAGCGGUGGAAGAUUUGGCGAGGUCAGCGCUGCCUUGGCACAUCUUGCUGCUGUUGCAGGAUGUUCCACAGUGAAGGUUUAGGGUGGCUGUUGUAAACCGAGCUGCCCGUUCAUUGCAGGAAAAAUAAACAGAGGACCCAGUCUGAAGAAAGUCCUGAGUACAGUGGAGCGUGUGUUCUCUGGGUUAGCUGACACAUUGUUUUAGAAAUAACAGCCUGAAAGGUCGCUUUCCAUGCGUUCGCACACACACAAAUGCAGCGUUUUGAUUCGUCCUAUUUCAUUCUUUCUUGCUCUCACGUUUAACACUCAUGAGUUCCCUUUCUCAUAUCCCUGCUGGACUCCUUUUCCUCUGCAUCGCUGUGAUAACAUUGUGACUGGAUAUGGAAUGGAAUAAAACCACCCUCCUUUCCUGCUUUACUUCCACUCCUCUGUCAUUCAUGCUCCAUCCAGCGGGCCCCCUCCGCACACCCAGCUCUCCAUCCUCUCUCCUGUCCAGAUGACUAUUUUUAGCGGCAGCACUGCUAUUCUGGAAUUUGUUGCUGACUGGCUGCUGCUGGGUGUCUGGGCGGCGAUCUCUUCAGGAAUGUCUGGCCCACUCUCAAACCACUCCAGAGUCCCAGUGCAGGGCGGACUGCGCACAGCUCUGGUUACAACUUAAAAACCCAGUGUAGCUUUAGCUGUAGCUUCAGCUCACUCAAUCCUGGGGAAAAGACUAGAGACAAGAUAGAGAGCACGUCUAACCCUCAGCUGUGUUUGUGGGUGUGCGUUUGCAACUGUAUAAACAAUAUAGUAUGGGGACAUGCUUUCCUUUCACGAAGGAAACCAUCAAACUUUGGGGUUAAUACUUUCCUCAAAACAGUUACUUCAACAUUAAGUGAAAUAUGUUUAUUCACUUACGGGUACAGCUGGAUUUGAAGUAACCUGCAAACCAGAUGGAUUGGCUAGAUUUCAUGUCUCUCAUCAGGCAGAUCCAUCUUACGAAGCUUCAGCCUGACAUGCUAAGGAUGAUCAGAUCAAUCAGCGUCAUUUGAGGAGAAAGAGGAAAAGUCCCCACCUGCACCGAUGGUCAUUAGUCAUUUUGUCUUUCUGGGCCUUUCUGGGCCCCGCUCGCAUAAGGGCCCUGUACAGACCUCUGGAAAGAAGUGGUAGUUUACACGCAUGUUUGGUUGUAGCAAGCCUGUAAACAGUGACUGAUCUGGCAUGGCAGGUUAGGUUGGAAGAUAAAUGAAACUCAUAUCUGUCAAUUUUAAAGCUAUUUUCAGAAGUCACUUAAAGAUAACGUACUCACAUAUACAUGAAACCUUUGUAAACUUACCAAAACUUGAUGGAUGGACUUCAUGUGUGAACACACACACACCUUCAAGUGUUACCUUGACUUUUUUACUGCUGACCCCAAAUCAAGUUCCUCUUUCAAAGCCGCAGUGAGACAAUGCCUGCAGAAUAUAUUUUAUUUGGGAGAGAGUGAGGGGUUAGGGAUGAUGGGUUUGAUUUCAAGCCACCAGUGUGAACUCAGGAAAGUAACCUGCAACAGGAUGAAAAUAAAAGCAUCCGAGGUUGAAAAAGAAUAAUCUUCAAUAUGAGAACCACUGAUGUCUGCACAUAUUGUCAUUGACAUCUGUUGUCGUAGGUCUAUAGGUCUCUGUUGCCUCAUCCGGCACCAUGUUGUAAGUAUGACAGUGUAGCUUGUAAUGAUUGUUUGACCUUGUGAGACUUGUCUUCCUCUGCCAAUCACCUUUUGCUCCGACAGAAGCUGUGAGGGAUGUGUGUGAACAUGGAAAUCUUUGGAGGUAGAGCUUUGAAAAAUGUGGAACUUUCAGGAGUGCAGGCAUGUAAGAGGCUAAAAAGAUUGAAAACGGCCCAAACAACACCAACUCACUUUUCUAGUUAAUGUACAACAUUUUGUUUGAGUGAUUUCCACCCACUGAAGUGUGAAAAAAUGUGAGGUUUUUGUUGUUUCAUUGGGUAUUUUAUGUGCCUGAAUAUUUCUUGGCUGAAGUCUGUGCCUAGCAAAUGGUCUAGGCCAAGACGCGGCCCGAUGUAUGAACCCUCAUAAAAUACAAAAAUGUACAACAUUAAACAAAAUACAACAAGUGUGCUUUGCAGGUGCUGGGGAUUAAGUUAUAUUUGGACUGUUUACCUCUGUUUAUUUGCUAAAGUAAGCUAACUGGCUGCUAGCGUUAGCAGGAUGUUAUUCACUCAUACAAAAAUAGAGCUGAGACUCUAAAUCAGAACACACAACUAUAACGAAAAUGAGCAUUUAUCCCAAAAUAUUGUGCUUUUCCUUUUAGGUAAGCGCUCAGAUUGUUCUUAGUCAUGUCAUGGCUACAGUUAGAGCUCAGUUAAGUUCUCAGGAAAUGAAUGAAAGUCAACGCAAUGCCUUGCUUACAGGUUUUUUGUGUGUUUGUGUGUAUUCGUAUGAGUGUGUGUGAGAGAGUUUGUGCUUGUGUGUGUGGUCCAUGAAAAGAAAAUAAGCAGCACUAAUGGGAAGUUUUUCCUGUCUUGGAUAAGGCUUUAGGGGUUUCAAAGCAAAAUUGUUUGCAGUGGAAGGAAUGGCGUCCAAGCCCACCUGUUGCUCAUGAUUGCAGAGAUCCGCUUGAGCUGGGCCUUGUCGAGAGACAUACUACAGUAUGCCACUCAGUAACAUCAAUGGAGUAGGCAGGCCCGUUCAUUCCUCAAGACUACCCAAGCAGAAACGAUGCACUACAAUGAUGAGGAACGUUAUAAACAUGCCUGAACUACUGAGCUAUGAGACAAAGCAUCCGUUAGCUCCGCUCACGUUUCUUUAUCUGUCAUCCACACAUUCAGAAAUGAUAGAACCAUUAAGGACAAUACGGCUGCCUGUCAUUCACAUAAGUCAUUGCUCUGGAGAUAUUUCCCUCAAGGCCACAUUCUGAGUCCAGUGGGUGUGUUUUACAUACGUCUCCAUUUGAUUUAAUGAGAUAAACUCUGCCUCUCCAAAUGGCAAUGAGAGUUCAUCCGGUGUGGGAGUGGUUUCCUCGAGGCAAAGUGAUUAGGGCACGAGUAGGAGGGUGUAAAAGUAACACUAUGAUGCACAGCCAAGUCUUUAAACAUACGUAUUCAUCCACUCUUCACCUCUUCAGAAG